CUUACCAUCCCGAUCUCUCAGGACCCACCUCGCCAUGGACGACGCCGGCGACGGCGGGGCUAGCGCCGGCGGCAGUAAGAAGAAGCCCUCUGCGGCGGCCGCCAAGGGGAAGGCGACGGGAAAAGGGAAGGCCGCCUCCAAGGGGUCGCCCAAGGCCAAGGAGAGCAGCCUCCUCAAGCAGAAAUCGCCAGCUGAGUUCUUCGCGGAAAACAAAAACAUCGCUGGGUUUGACAAUCCUGGAAAAUCUCUGUACACCACGAUGCGGGAGCUAGUUGAGAAUGCCCUUGAUUCGGCCGAGUCCAUCUCCGAGCUCCCCGAUAUAGAAAUUACGAUAGAAGAGAUCACCAGGAGCAAAUUCAACACAAUGAUCGGACUGGUUGAUCGAGAGCGUGUUGAUGCAGCACUCUAUGAUGAUUUUGAAUCAGCUAAGGCUCGUGAGAAACGCCUAGCCAAAGAAGCACGUUUCCAAGAAACACAAGCUAAAAAUGCUGCUCUUGGGAAGAAAGUUAAGGACGCUCCAGCUGCUCGCGGAAAAGGUCGGGGUGAGGCUUCGUUUUUCAGAGUGACUUGCAAGGAUAAUGGCCGAGGCAUGUCACAUGAAGAUAUCCCAAACAUGUUUGGCAGAGUGCUAUCGGGCACGAAGUAUGGUUUGAGGCAAACACGCGGAAAAUUUGGACUUGGUGCUAAAAUGGCACUUAUAUGGUCAAAGAUGAGUACGGGUCUUCCUAUUGAUAUUAAGUCAUCGAUGAAAGACCAAAAUUACAUUUCGUUCUGUCGACUUGACAUAGACAUUCACAAAAAUGUCCCUCAUAUUCAUUUACAUGAGAAACAUGAGAACAAUGAUCACUGGCAUGGGGCAGAGAUUCAAGUUAUUAUUGAGGGAAAUUGGACAACUCAUCGUUCAAGGAUACUACAUUACAUGCGACAGAUGGCUGUCAUCACUCCAUAUGCUCAAUUCCUAUUUAGAUUUCUCUCUGAUACAGCAGAAAAAAAUUUGAAGAUAAAAUUUGCACGAAGGACAGAUGUGAUGCCUCCCGUUCCACUCCUAACAAAGCAUCACCCAUCUGCUGUGGAUUUGCUGCUGAUAAAGCGCUUAAUUACUGAUACCACUAAGCUGAACCUUUUGCAGUUCCUGCAACAUGACUUUGUGAAUAUAAGCAAAGCACAUGCUGACCGUUUAAUCGGGGAGAUGGGGCCUGAUUUUAGUGCAAAAACGACAGUCAACAGCCUUACAUCACAACAAUUAGUGCGGAUACAUCAGUUAUUUCGGCAGGCUAAGUUUGAUGAUCCCAGUGGCGAUUGUCUUAGUCCUGCAGGUGAAUACAAUUUACGUCUAGGUAUCAUAAAAGAGCUACACCCCGAUCUGGUUGCAACACAUGCAAGCAGCCCUCAGGUUUUUGAAGGGCAUCCAUUUAUUGUUGAAGCUGGAAUAAGCAUUGGUGGAAAAGAUGUUAAACAAGGUUUAAAUAUUUUUAGGUUUGCAAACCGCAUACCGCUUCUUUUUGAACAAGGUGCGGACGUCAUCACAAGAACUGCUCAAAAAAGGAUAAAUUGGGGCUUGUACAAAAUUAAUCAGCAGCAGGACAAGAUUGGUGUCUUUGUGAGCAUUGUCAGUACAAAGAUACCUUUUAAAGGUACAGGAAAAGAAUAUAUUGGAGAUGAUAUAACCGAGAUAGCAGAUGCUGUAAAGUCAGCCCUUAAGCAGUGCUGUCUCCAACUGAAGUCAAAGAUAGUGAAGAAACUUCAGGCUCGUGAACAGCAGGACAGGAAAAGAAACCUGAACAAAUACAUUCCUGACGUGGCAAGGACAAUUAUGGAAACACUGGGGGAAAUCGCAGACGAGUCUCCCCCCAAGAGGCCACGGUAUGACAAGGAAGACGAGGAACUCCUUGAGAAGAUAAAUUCGGAGGAGGUGACAGAGAUGACUUUUAGAGAUUGCUUAACUCAGCACGUUGAACAGGUUGACUAUGAGAUGGCACUGGAGUACGCCAUGCAGAGCGGCGUAAGCAACGAGCCUCGGGAAGCACUCUAUCUGAACUCGCUGGAAGGGUCUUACAAGUUCAUGGACCUCAAGAGCCCUACUUUCUUGUUUCGGUUCAUCCCAUGAGGCUGAGAGGGUGAAUCUGCACUCCCCAUCUGUUCUCAGGUUGAUUGACAAUUAUGUUCGUAUGAAGCUGCAGUGUACAUUUUCCCAUUGUAGUCGAGUCGAUUUAUCAGGCUGCUGUAGCUUGCAGCUAUGAGUGUAGACACUACUAGUGUCAGGGAAUGCCAUUUUUAGUCCAGGAUAUAAUUGUAUGUUACAUUUAUUGAGGAACAUAUAUGUAAAAGCUAUUGGUAGAGA